AGUAAUAAACACAAACGUACAAUCCGGUUUAUUCUUUCUCAGCCCCUUUCUUCACUUUCUUUCUCUCGCUUCUUGCAAGCCAUAAUUCUUUUAUACCCUUCUUUCUUUCGUGUCCUCUUCGAGUGAUAUUCUUUGGCAAUAUAAGAAAUUUCCUGGGAGGCGUUUGCAGCUUGUACUCACCGACUGUAUUCCAAGGAAGAACGCGGUUUGGUUUCUCUGUGGGGUCCUUUUUCUCAGAAACAAAUUACAUGAUACUGCAAAAUAUCUAAUGGAAGAAAAGCAGUUAGAUUUUAAUCAGCCACUUUUAUCUGUGAGGCGAUUCUCGUCUACAGUUGCCUCUGAAAAGGACAAUAAAAGGAAAACUGAAAAUUCAUCAGCCAGACUACCUCCUCUUCCUACUUACAGGUCAGAGUUGAAAUCAGGUCCGAUUAGGAAUCCUGGAACAGUUCCUUUUGUAUGGGAGCAAACUCCUGGAAGACCCAAGGAUGAAAAAAAAUUACAGACACAGGUUGGUGGACCAUCUUCUAUUCCUAUCACUCCCAAUCUUCCACCUGGGAGGGUUUUGAAAGUCAAACAGAAAGAUUCUGAUAAAGCUUCAAGACGCACAUCAGUAACUCAACCUAGAAAAGGAAGCUCCGUGUCCAAUUCUUCAAGUGUUAAUUCUAUUAACAAGGACGUAUCCACUUCUCAAAGUGUUACAUCUGAUGUGAAAAAAUGUGAGAGCCCCAAAAAGCCAAUCCAAGAAAAGGCUGAUUCUGUUUCCGAUGAUGGAGAUGAGGCCUAUCAAGACGCACUUGAUACGCUGUCUAGAACUGAAUCAUUCUUCAUGAAUUGUAGUAUUAGUGGCUUGAGUGGAUUGGACGAGCAAGAGGCUCAUCUAUCUCGGAGUAUCUCACAGGAUCAAUUUGCCCGUGCCUUCAUGAUUGAUCGGUUCUUACCUGCAGCACAGGCAGUGGCUUCUGAAACUCCUCAGUACGCCUCCAAGAAGCUACCUGUUGCACGAGAACAACCAAGACAGGUAAGGAAGGUAAUGGCCAGAGAAAGACGCCAUCCAGUGAGUCAGCAGAGGCCAAAUAAUUUGCCACCUUAUGCCCAAGAAUUAUGUAGGGAAGAAAGCGAAGAUGAAGAUGACCUUUACAGUGAAUUUGGGGACAACACAGGCAAAAUUUGUGGCCUAUUUCCUCGGUUCUGCCUGUUGAAUCCAAUACCUGGUUUGAGAAUGCAGGAUAGGAUGCUAAAUUCACCAGUUCCAGGGAUGCAUGCUAGAUUAAGCGCUCCUUAUAGUGAAACUGGAAAAAUGCAGAAUGCAAGAACUGCUUACUGUGAGAAAAAGUCAUCAGAUUCCAAGAUUGGCUUUACAGAAGAGAAAUAUUCAACAGGCAUUCCUCGGAAAUCUAAAUAUGGCAUUGAUCAACAUCGAAGGGGCUGCAGCGCAUUACCACUCUCUGAGGGCACCCAAUGUGAUACUGGCUGCACAAGCCCAGUUGUUGAGAAAACCCUGUAUGUGGACUCUGUACAAAAGGUCAAACCUUAUUCAGGUUUAAAUGCUUCUGAAAUGAAGGUUCAGACCAAUCACCAAAGGGACGAUUUUGAGAUUUCCAGAAAAGAUAGUAAGCUAUUGACUGUUGCGGAUGAGAAGGCUACAUCACCAGCUAAAGGUUUAGAGUCUCUUGAUUCAUUUCUCCUCCCAUGUUCUGAUAAAUCUAUUAAUGAGAUGCACGUGGAAAAGACAAAACUUUCCAAUAAGUUAGGCAACCAAGGAAGAGACUUAUCUCAGAAUUCAAGUCCAAAGGUGGGGGAAUGUGAGAAGAUAGACUCGGCAAGAGAUCAAGAAAGUUUCCAUGGCCGAAUUCAGACUUCCUUUAUAUCAAGUAGAAAAUAUAAAUUGGCUGGUGAUGUGGAAGCAGAGUCAGAGAGACGAGAAGCUACCAAACCUGUUGACCAAGGUCUGAGUCAAGAUUUUCGUACAUUGGCUAGCCCAAAAGUGGUUGGCGAUUGUGAGACUGACUUAAAAAGCCAAAGACUGAUGAAACUAAGCAAUCAAAGAAACUCAGAUAUACAGAAUUCUCAGCUUCCUCUUGCCCUUCCCUUACCCAAAGCUCCUUCCGAGUCUUGGCUUAACCGUACCUUACCUAUCAUUUCCUCGAGGAACAUAUCAUUGCGGUCUUCUCCUGUUGCUCACAUUCAUGGACGAGGACAAAGUCCCAAGUGGGAAACAAUUGUGAAAUCAUCUGAUCUACAUCAUGAUGGGCACUUGCGAUUUUCUGAGGAAUUGCUGGCUCCCGUUCCUGAAGCUUGAGCUUGUAUGAAGAGAAGGCCGCAGAUUAUUUUAUUUGCUUGCUGAAAUGGGCAAUUUCUUUGACUGUUUAAAGGUUUUUAUGUAAUUCUUUUGAUCUUUUUGUUCUACACCACGGGUCUUCCUUUUGCUGCUACAUAGUAUACAGAGGUGAUGUAUAUAAGUGAAACUGUAAAUCACAACCUUAUUUCAUACUGUUAAUGUAAUAAGAUGUUUCAAGUAAUAUUUUCUUUCUAAUUUAUCAA